CACACAUUCAGAAUUUCCACAGAGAGAGAGAGAGAGAGAGAUUCAAUUGAAUUGAAGAGAGUAUGGAGGCCACAGCAAUUUGUGGGAGCAGAAGCGGAGGACUACCAUCGCCAUGCAUCCAUUCUUCUUCUCCAAGAACGCCAAAUUCAUCUGCCCUUGUCAUUAAAUCCAUGGCCACCCAGAAACCUCUUCCAUCUGCCACCAAAACCGUCAGCUCCAGAAAGAACACAGUUGUGUUUCCUCUGGGAGAGCCAGGCCCCAGGAACCGGCCACUGGCGACUAGUCCUCCGGUCAAGCUACUAACAAGAGUGGAGCAACUCAAACUACUGUCAAAAGCUGAGAAAGCCGGCCUGUUAUCAGCGGCUGAGAAGUUUGGUUUCUCUCUAUCAGCCAUUGAGAAACUGGGUCUCCUCUCUAAAGCAGAAGAGUUUGGAGUGCUUUCUGCAGCUACGGAUCCUGGAACACCAGGGGCUCUGUUCAGCCUCAGCUUGGGGCUACUGCUUUUAGGCCCCUCUUGUGUUUAUCUUGUGCCUGAAGAUUAUCCAUGGCAGGUUGCCUUGCAAGUUGUUGUUGCUCUAGUUUCUGUAGCUGGUGGUUCUGCAGCUUUUGCUGCCGCAAAUUUGGUAUCCAAUUUGCAGAAAUAGAACUGAAUUUGGUCUUAAUGAGUUUUAUAAUUGAUAUUGUUACACUUUUUAGUUUUUAUCCUCCUGUGUAAUUGUCAUCUAUGGACAUUGUUCAUUUGUAGGCUGUAGCAUCGAGCCAAAUAAGAGGCAAAUAUCAAAACUUCAAACUAAAACAUCAACAAAAUCA